AUGGGUGGUCAUCUAUAUUUCACCGAAUUUGUCCUUGAGCGCAUGGCAAUUGUAGAAUUGGGCAAAAAAGCACAAUUCACAUUUCACCUCAUGAGAAUUGCGGUCUCGAUAUUUUCAGACUUGAAAAACUCCAGCGAUGAUGAUGGCCACAAGAGUGUUGAAGAUCGUUUGAUCCAUCUUAUCACUACCGCACAGGACCCGGACCUGGAUUUUCAUGAGCCUGAAGAUAUCCAACUCUAUGAAAGGUCGGUUGAUGAGGCCGCCGAAAUCAUGAUGAAUAUUGGUCGCAUUCCUUUUUCACAUAUUGCACCGCCUCUCCUACGACACUAUGAAGCCCCGACGGAUCUACAUCAUGAGAUGUUUCCAGAGACAUUUGACUUUCGGCUCGAGACAAUCCAUGACACCGCGUUUAUGAUCCCCAUCACGCCGGCACAAGCAGCCGAGCCCGGCAAUGAUGGUGGGCCUGAUCCCAAUCUAAAAACAGACUUCCAGCCUGACCCUAAACUGCAGAGAUACUCAACAAAGGACAUCACUUUUGUAAAGAAAUACACGGAAGGUAUGGCUCAAGAAGUCCAGAUGGGAUUAGAAACCUUGGUUUGUAAAACUUUCACCAGAGGUCUGGAAUUCGAAUAUCUCGCGCCAGAACUCAUAAUGCUUCAAAAGAUUGAGGCAGCACAUUCGAAACUCAAAGUCCCGCUUCGCAUCCCGUUAUUGAGAGGGUACGUCACCCAUCCUACCACAGGAGCAAUUCUCGGUUUUGUACGAUCAUGGAUUCCCCCAAGCGAAUACGGAAACUCUAUUCAAGAAGCCGGAAGCCGAAUGUCCUCUAUACCCAUCAGCAUAAGACUCAAAUGGCUUGUACAAGUCACUCAGACUAUUAACGGCCUACACAGCGUUGGGCUUGUAUGGGGUGAUGGAAAGGCAGCCAAUGUGUGCAUUGAUCCAAAUAAUGAUACUUGGCUGAUUGACUUUGCUGGUGGAUUUACAACGGCAUGA